AUGACAGCUCAAGUGCAAGCGAAAAAGAAGAGAUUGUCCAUCAAGAAGAUCGAUCGUCGAUUUGCCCACAUUCAGCCUGAAGGCAGCUGGGAGAUUCCACGCAAGGCGUUCCAUUACUCUAUCGGAUUCCUAGUUGUCUAUCUAUAUAUGCAAGGAGUCGAGGCCAAGAGCAUAUACCCACCGCUUAUUGCUUUCUUGAGCGUCGUCUUGACGACCGAGGUGAUGCGAUUUUCAUCCGAUAGCUUCAAUGUACUCUAUUGCAAAGUAUGUGGACCACUGAUGCGUCAAAGUGAAGUCAAAUCACGGAUAAAUGGUGUAGCAUAUUAUCUAGCAGGCUGUAUUUUCGCAACUUACUUCUUCCCAACGGAGAUUGCAUCCAUGUCUAUUAUCUAUUUGUCAUGGGCGGAUCCAACAGCCAGCAUUUGCGGUCGAUUAUGGGGUCGAUACACACCACGAUUCGGUAAAAAGUCGUUGGCAGGAACAUCGGGUGCUAUCAUCAUUGGUGCGCUCGUGACUUUUGGAUUCCUCAUCCAACAUGAAUCGUUGUCGCGUGCACUCGCAUACUCUGUAUACGGUGGCCUUGUGGCAGGUUUCUCCGAAGCCCUGGGUGACUCAGCUGGUCUGGACGACAACUUGGUGAUACCUGUUGUAAGCUCUAUCAUGUUGUGGAUACCUCUCGUAGGUUUAGAUUCCAUGUAUUCUUCCUCUGUUAUUAAUGCUUAA